CCACUCAACUUAUCACUGUUGGACUCACAAUCAUGUCUCUACGCGCGAACUUCCCGUCAGCUACGCAAUCUCGUGUAAAUCUCAAUUUUCUGAGAGAUCUAUCCGAAUAUGACGAAGUCAAGCCCUAUCAUAUCUCUGGCAUCAUAUCUGCAGACCACGAAAGCUGCCGUACUAAUAUGCAGUUCGAAAAACGUGGUCAAGUUCCCUUCUACAAUCUCCGUGGACAAGAACACGAACUUUCAAUUGAUAAGCACGGCUUCGAGAUGAUCACAGUGCCAAAAGACAUCUCGCAUCUAGAUGUCAAAGGUUCACAAAAGCAAGAAUACAUAAGCCAUAUGACGGAAAUAGUGAAAAGGCGUCUCAGUGCCACUUUGGUCUUGUGUUAUGACUACCGCGUGUAUUGCCUUGCCUUACAAGUGUUUUUAUCUGCUGAAUCCGCCAGCAGUUUCGAUCCAGUCAUCAAGACAAAAAUAUCUCGAAUGAUAUUGAUAUGGGGACUCCGCAACGACCCGAUGCGCUAGCGGAGGCAUGUCACAUUGAUCAUACCUCGCAAGGAGCUAUUCGGCGGGCUCGACGACACAUGACAGCGGAAGAAGCAAGGCUUUAUCUUGACGGAAGCUGGAG